UUCACUUAUAGAAAAGGUCAUCUCAACCCUAAACCCUCAACGGCUUGCCGAAGUUACACCUUGCUUCAAAUUUCCCUUGCCGGAGUUCUUCUUCGUCUAAGUCUGUUGAAGAACCACCACUCUCCCGCCGGCGCUAGUUUCUUACACUUUCAUCCAUCAUCACCGUAUACUAGUUAAUCAAUUCUGCUUACUCUGAAAUUGAAGAUAUCAAUAUGAGGUUGAAAGUUAUAUCUCGGUCUACGGAUGAUUUUACUCGUGAACGCAGUCAGGACCUUCAGAGAGUUUUUCGGAACUUCGAUCCCAGUCUUCGACAUCAAGAGAAGGCAGUGGAAUAUGUUCGUGCUCUGAAUGCAGUAAAACUAGACAAGAUAUUUGCAAGGCCAUUCGUUGGAGCAAUGGAUGGGCACAUUGAUGCUGUCUCUUGCAUGGCAAAGAAUCCUAAUCACUUGAAAGGAAUAUUUUCUGGCUCCAUGGACGGUGAUGUUCGCCUAUGGGAUUUAGCUACCAGGCGGACAGUACGUCAGUUUCCUGGUCACCAAGGUGCAGUACGUGGUUUGACAGUGUCCACGGAUGGCCGUAUUCUUGUAUCAUGUGGAACUGAUUGCACUGUUAGGCUCUGGAAAGUUCCUGUUGCUACUCUAAUUGAGUCUGAUGAUGUAUCUGAUAACUCAUCCCAGCCAUUGGCUGUUCAUGUUUGGAAGAAUGCAUUCUGGGGUGUUGACCACCAAUGGGAUGGUGAUCUUUUUGCCACAGCUGGUGCUCAAGUUGACAUUUGGAACCAUAACAGGUCUCAGCCGGUUAAUAGUUUUGAAUGGGGGAAAGACACAGUUACAUCUGUUCGGUUUAAUCCAGGGGAACCUAAUCUUUUGGCUACAUCAGCAAGUGAUCGAAGCAUAAGCAUCUAUGAUUUACGGCUUUCUACACCAGCUAGAAAGGUUAUUAUGGCGACAAAAACUAAUUCUAUAGCAUGGAAUCCGAUGGAGCCAAUGAAUUUUACUGCCGCUAAUGAUGAUGGCAGAUGCUACAGUUAUGAUGUUAGAAAGUUAAAUGAAGCCAAAUGUGUGCAUAUAGAUCAUACCUCUUCAGUGAUGGAUAUAGAUUAUUCACCAACCGGUCGAGAAUUUGUUACUGGAUCUUAUGAUAGAUCUGUGAGAAUUUUCAAAUAUAAUGGUGGCCACAGCAGGGAAAUUUAUCACGCUAAGAGGAUGCAGAGGGUAUUCUGUGUCAAGUUCAGUUGCGAUGCAAGUUAUAUUAUCUCAGGAAGUGAUGAUACCAACCUACGUCUAUGGAAAGCAAAAGCAUCUGAGCAAAUGGGAGUUGUUUUGCCAAGAGAGCGGAAAAGACAUGAAUAUUUGGAGGCUGUCAAGAAUCGUUACAAGCAUCUUCCUGAAGUCAGGCGCAUUGACAGACACAGACACUUGCCAAAACCAAUCUACAAGGCAAGUAGACAAAUACGCGAGAUGACAGAAUCUGCGAGGCGGAAAGAGGAGAGGAGGAAAGCUCACAGUGCCCCUGGAAGCAUUAAGAAUAAGCAACUGCGAACAAAAAGAAUUGUCCGAGAAGUUGAAUGAAAAGUGUGGCUGUCUUGAUCUGCUGAUGCAUGUUAGCCAGGCCAAUUUGAACCGUUUAGAAAGUUAUUACCUAUUUUCACAGUUGUUAGCAGGCCUAUAAGAUAGUAAUUUUAUUUUAUCAGAGGGAAGAAUUGAAGUUCCAUCAUUUCAUGUCGUUAUCGAGAUAUAGUGGUGGUUACUUAUGUUAAAAUUAUGUUGCUGCUUACUGCUAAAAAUUUUGCCCUGCUCUUUCAAAUAGUGAUAAAAAAAAAAUGCAGAUUCUAUCAUUAAGAAAAACAUGUUAACAGACUCUGGUUAAACUUUACAUGAAUGCAUUUGCCAACUAGAUUGGUGAGCUAAAUUGUGAAUAA